AUGGGAGAUAUUUGUUACUCUUAAUUUCCUUUAUUGAAGGAAGAGUGGAAAAAGGAAGAGUGUUAGAUUGAAUUAGAUUAAGGGAUACCAACUCAAUUAUUUUAUGACUCCUCUGAAGCUAAACAACUAUCUAAAUAAUAUCAAUGCGAUAUAUGCACAGAUAUUUUAUGGGAGCCUGAUGAAUGCUCUGUUUGUAAAAAGAAUUACUGCAGGAAAUGUAUCAGAUCAUGUAUUCAAGUAUGUGAAAAUUGUCCUAAUUGUAGUUAGAUAUUUAAAUCAAGCAAAACACAUCCAAUAGUCUAUUCAACAUUAUGUAGCAGUAGGUUUAAAUGCCUAUUUUCAAAGGACUAUGGUUGUAAAGAAAUAGUAGAAUAUGAAAAAUUUUUAAAGCAUGCAAACAAUUGUUUGUAUCGUAAAUAAAAUAGGUUCGAUAUAAAGCAAAUAGAAAUACAGAAUUAUAAAAUUGUAUAAGAAAAAUAUCAAAAGUAGUAUAUCAGAUAUCAAAUCCAGAUCACUUAUUAUUGCAAUGAAUCUUAUAUCAUUUCUAAAAGGUACAGUGAAUUCGCAUAAUUGCAUUAAGAUCUAUAUUCUGAUCAGGAAAUUUUGGGUAAGAUCAUACCCCAUUUGCCAGAUAAAAUGUUUGACUUUUACAGUCUAGUUGGCUAUUCCCCAAGAAAUGAAUAGGAUAUAAUCUAUAGAAAAAUAUUACUAGAAUCUUAUCUGAAUCUCCUCAAUUAAAAUCCACAUUUUAGUAAAAGAGAUUGUUUUAAAUAGUUUCUUUCUAAAGAAGGUCAAAGCAAUGAAGAGUUGUAGAUAGGGAGUGAGUCAAAAAUAAAUAAAUUUAUUGAAAAUAUUAAAGAUGUAAUUAAAAAAAAUAAAGAUACUACACUGUAGCUUUUAGAAUAGUAAAUGAAUACCUUAACUAUAAGAGAUAUCAAUUUAGAUUCUAAAAAUUUAGAAGAAAAUGAAUAGGAGUGUAAAUAGUUUGAAAAAAGUGUUUAAGAAAUAUUUUAAUUGCUAGCUAAAACUAUUUGCUAAUGUAAUGAUGCAAUUAGCUAAAUUGCUGAGAAGAGUAAUAAAAGUGAUGAUUAAGAGAAAGAUGCAAUCUAAAAUAAAAAAAGGUCUAUGAUGGACACUUCUGAAUAGAUUUAAGCAGACUUUAAUGACAUUAUAUAGGAAGAAGUAAAAGUAAUAUAGGAGUAUAAUACUAAAGUGUAUAAGUUAAUUAUGAAAAUAGGGCUAUGUCUUUGCAGGCUUAAAGGAUUUUAGGAUGCCUUGGUUAAAUUAAAAGAAUAUAUAUAAAAAUAUAUUUCAGUUUUAAAGUAAAAAUUUUAGUGCUCUGAAGAAAAAUAAAAGGAAUUACUAGAUAACUAAAUAAAUGAAUUAAAGUAAAUAAUUGAAAUAUCUUAAAAAAACUUAGAUGAAGACUCCAACAUCCUAAAAUAAGAUAUUAUAUCUAGUAUUCCUGACCUAGUUAGUGAGUACCAUUCACUAAAUUAAAGCUAUUUCGUACCUUCAAUAUAAGUAUAUGAAGAUAUCAACAAUAAAAAUCAACCAAAUAACGAUAAGCUAUUUUACUAAAUAUAAAACCUUAUCUUUAACAACAAUAAUUGA